CUUUAUUCCUUAUCUUACCCUGUGUUGUUUUCGCCAGUAAUUGAGGUUAGAUUAGCCCGUAACGUUUUGUACCAACGAGAUAACUCUGUUAUUUUGUAAAGCACUGCGGCAGUUAAUACUCUUCACUCCAGAAUUUCAUAAUUCACUAAACCUUGUAUAAAACCAUGUUAAAACAUUGUCUGUGAUAAGACUCAGUGAGUGAUAAAAUGCCGACAGGCUUAUUCUGGCUUUCGACAGCGGUGGUUGUGGUGUUAGCGGUUAUUUUUACAUUAACCAACAAACCAGGAAUAGUUGACCAACACAAGUCUGCCAACCCUGAAGACUAUGCAGCUCGCAGUGGUACCAACUCGACAGGAACCAGAUCAGUACCAACUUUACAGUUAGUUACUGUUGUGACUCGCCAUGGCAACAGAGCGCCCUUAUUCACCUUCCCCACGAGUCCGCACCAAUGCAACGAUCCUACCGUGUGGCCUUACGGUGUGGGGGAAAUGACUCAGAGUGGUCGAGUUCAAAUGUACAAGUUGGGACAGAAAGUCCGGUCCUUGUAUACCGGAUUCCUGGACCAAGCUUACAGACCAGAGGAGUUCAAAGCUUUCAGUUCUCCUUUGGCACGAGCUUUGCAAACUGCUGAACUUUUCCUGGCCGGAAUAUUUCCUCCUGCAGGAUACCAAGUGUGGAACAAACACCUGCUCUGGCAACCCGUCCCAGUUUUCCCCAGCUUCUUUGAUCAUAAUGAGAUGGUGUUGAUCAACGAAAAUCGUCAGUGUCCCACAUUUAAAGAAGCUCAAAAAGAAUCUCUGAUGGAAGCUCAAAAAAUAUAUAACUCCUCACUGACCACCUUCUUAGACUACGUCAUUCCUUACACGGGCAUAGACGAACAUGAAGUAUUCAAAGAUUUUGGAUUUGCGUACAGAACUCAGAUGUUAUUUCUUGUGUGGGAGUCACUUGUUCAUGCAGCAAUCCAUAAUCUUACUCUCCCCGACUGGGCUGCCAGCAUAUACCCAGAGCCUAUCACCUCCUUGGUAGUGAAGUUCUACUAUGCCACAGCUGUAGGCUCUUAUGACCAGAUUAAAUAUUUAGAAGGAGAAUUGUACCAAGAGAUUUUAAAUCUGAUGAAGUCCAAGGCGAACAACACGCUGGAACCUAACAGACGCAUGUUCUACUACUCCGGCCAUGACUACACACUUAUGGGUCUGCUGAGGAUACUGGGUCAGCAAGCAGAAGACUUGGGUUACAUAAACACUGCAUCAGCACUGAUCUAUGAGCUCCAUCGCCAUCCUCACAGUGGCCACUUCUAUGUUCAGGUCCUGAUCAUUGACGGUGGUUCUCCUGAAAUGGAUCCUAAGGAAGUCACCAUCCCUGGUUAUGACUUCUCUUGUGACUUUAAUUUGAUGUUAGACAUUACUGAGAAAUACUACAACAUUACAGAUUGGCAGAAAGAAUGUAAUGCUAGAAAAAACAACAAUGUCUAAUUAAACAAAUUACAAGAGUUGUAGUUACGAUUA